AUGACAUCCUCAACCGAAAUGGACACCGUCGAAAUCGGCAUCAUCGGCAUGGGCGAUAUGGGACGUCUUUAUGCCACCAAGAUGAGAGACGCCGGCUGGAAGAAGGUCAACGUUUGCGAUCGUCCGGAAAACUACGAUAAGCUCCACAAGGAGCUGGAGGGGUCCGGGCUUAAUGUCUUGCGAGAUGGUCACCUCGUUUCACGGCGGAGCGACUUCAUCAUCUACUCAGUCGAGGCUGCCUUCAUUGACAAGGUUGUCGAGCAGUACGGAUCCUCUACCAAGAUCGGAUCGAUAGUAGCAGGACAGACCUCGGUCAAAGCGCCUGAGAAGGCAGCUUUCGAAAAGCACCUCCCGCAAGACACCUACAUCAUCUCGUGUCAUUCCAUGCACGGUCCAAAGGUCGACCCAACAGGACAACCGCUCAUCCUCAUCCAACAUCGCGCGCCAGAUGAGAAGCUGCGGCUCGUUGAGCGCAUCAUGGCAUGCUUCAAGUCCAACUUCGUCUAUCUCACGUACGAAGAGCACGACACCGUUACUGCCAACACCCAAGCUGUCACACAUGCCGCCUUCCUGUCCAUGGGGACAGCAUGGUCCUGUUCGAAUCAGUAUCCUUGGGAGUCGGAGCGCUACCCAGGUGGCAUCGAGACGGUCAAGAUCAACAUCUGUCUGCGCAUCUACUCUGCCAAGUGGCACGUGUAUGCUGGUCUAGCGCUGCUCAACCCGGCAGCAAAGACACAAGUACGGCAGUUCGCUCAGAGCUGCACCGAUCUAUUCAAGCUGAUGGUCGCGGAGAGGGAGGAAGAACUCAUGGAGCGCGUCUUCGCUGCGCGAAAGAAGGUGUUUGGCUGGGAGAAGGAGGAAGAAAGCAACAGCAUCAUCUCACGCACAGGCACAAAGGUGGAGCGCAAGCCGAUUCUUAUGAGCGACAAGCUGCUCGAUCGAUUCCACAUGGCCGCUCGUAAGGCCACCUCCCACAGCGAGACAGGCGACCUCAGCACCGCCGCACCAUCUCCAAUACCCCCGAACUCGCAUCUCUCCCUGCUUGCCAUCGUCGACUGCUGGUCCUCGCUUGGCAUCAACCCAUACGAUCACCUGGAUCUCGCAGCAACACCCAUCUUUAGGAUGUGGAUUGGCGUAUGCGAGUACCUCUUCCGCUCACCAGAGCGUCUACGAGGCGCAUGCCACGCCGCAGCGAAGGACCACAGCUUCAGGGCGGACGACACUGAAUUUGUCAUCGCCUCCCGUGGAUGGGCGCAGACGGUGCAGUUUGGCAACUUUGACAGCUACGAACGACGAUUCGAGGAGACAAGAGGCUUCUUCGAGCAUCGAUUCCAAGAGGCGGGUGCGGUGGGUGCAGAGAUGCUCAAGGUGGUUUUGGCCAGCUGA